AUGUUGGCUCUACGAGGCGAUUUCUUUACAAAGGAGUUCUUGGUGCACAGCUCCAUCAAGGAUGAUGCGCCGCAGCGGAUGCGGCUGAAGGUGCGCAACCCUCUCAGCUCGGAGGACCUGCUCAAGCAGAUAGAACGCCAGCUUGUCGACCCGAUGUCGUCCAUGCCAUCGUUGGCUGUCUCGCGAAUUCACGUUGCGCCUGGAUCACAUCUCUUCGCUUUCAGCGCGGAGGAAAAUUGCUUUGUUCCGCUCGAUGGCAAACCUGCCGACGCACUGAGGGAUUUUGGGCGUCUGCUGCUGCACAGCUCGAGCGCUGCGCCGUCCUCUGUGCCGAGUUCUGUCAUUUCGCGCCAGAGCUCAAUCCCUGAUGGGUCACAGCGCGUGUCUAAUGAGUGUGAGUCCCACGGCGACACUCGUCUCAGCAGGACACCACACGACAGCAACGUUGGUUUUUCCAAGUCGCCGGACGACCGACCUGUUAUGGUGUGGCCCCCUUCCAGUGCCAAGAAGCGGGCGAGUGCGACCAGUCGGACUGUGCGAUUGCCGCCACUUCAUUCAGCGGUGGUAGAAAGUUCUUUGAACGAUGGGCUAAACAGAUCGACGGAGAUGUUGGAGAGCAAAAAGGUCUCGUCAACGAUGGAGUUGAUGCUGCAGGUGAUGGGCUUUCUGCUGACUGAGUACACUGCUCAUUCUUCAAAAGAUGUUAUUGAGCCUACGGAGGAAGGUUUGUGGAGUCUAAUUGAAGAGAUUCUGUACCGGAGGGGUAAUCCCAUGCCCCAUUCGCUGGACCCACCCACUGUGGACGCGUUCUUGCAGACUAUUUUGCGUAGCAUAACAACAGGCCGGGAAUACCGUGCUACUGCACGCCAAGUACGUUCCGAGGCAAGUGGGAAGAACUGUAAUGGGAAUGAGGUCAACCCUUUAGGCUAUUUUUAG